CCACCUUCAACCCGGAGACGGGCUUUUUUUUUUUUUCUGCAUUCGCGAUGAUCUGAGCGUGACUUAUUCCCGCUGAGUAGAGGCAACCCUCCUCUCUCUCUCUCUCGCUCGCCCUCUCUCUCUCUCUCUUUCCCCUGUCUUUCUCUCCCGCCUCCCCUCCGCGCCUUCCUUCCUCUCUUUUCUUUUGGUGGGUUCAGCACAGGCUGCCCAGUUCACCUCAUUCUCGUCCGCCCGGGAAAAGCUGAACGCGAUGGGACGACUGGGUUUCAGCACCACGGACAGCGCACGACUUUUUCUACUCAGCGUGUUUGGUGCGCUGGCGCUGUCCGUGGUGCUGGCGGAGCAGGAAGGGGAGAACCUGUCCGGGCUCUCCAACAAUCCGGACAAAGCCAUCUUCGCGGUGCGGGAGAACGGCACGACCUGCCUGAUGGUGGAGUUUGCCGUGAAAUUCCUCGUGCCAUAUGACGUGCUCGCGCUCAACGGGAUAGACCUGAUCACCGAGCAGACGUCGUUUAUUCUGCCCCGUGGUGCAGAAAUUGAGGGGAAAUGCGGGAGCACGGAGUCAGAAAUCCACAUAACAUGGAAGAACAAGGCCUACACGCUCCGCAUUUACUUCUCUAAGGAGGUCCGCGCCAAAGGCGCAGAGGUGUGGAAGAUCAGCAGGGUCCAGUUUGUCUACGACACCUCAGAAACAUCACAUUUUAUCAACGCAUACAACCCUGGGAAGCACACAGCCAGCACCCACCGCCUGUCGGCCCUGGUGACCCCGGCCGGCCGCUCCUUUGUGUGCACGGCACAGCAGACCCUCACGCUCAUUUCCAGCGACCACCAGAAGGGCGUUACAGUCUCCAUGUACGACAUCCAGAUCCAGCCCUUCGACAUCACCUCCGACUUCAUGUUCAGUGAACCCUACAAGUGCAUCACAGACCAGCGGGAGCGCCUGGAGGAGACCCUCCCCCUCGUCCUGGGCCUGAUUUUGGCCCUCAUCAUCGUCAUCACACUCACCGUCUACCACUUCCACCUCAAGCUGACGGCGACUCAGCCGCAGCUCCCCAGAGAUCGCUCCAUGUACAAGAACAUGUAGCCGGCGGCGGCACGGCGGCGGCUCCCUCGGCUCCCUCCAUACCCCCACCCCCCCCCCGAUAGAGAAGAGACUCGUCUCCUCCAUCUUCCGAUCUCUUUAACACCGGGGGAGGAUGCUGCAGCGCGCUGGACUGAAUCCCUGAUUGACAGAUGUGUGUAGCCUGAACCAUACUGCCCACUGGACCUUUUCCACAGCGAGAACACAAGUUAAUCAGAGAGUCUGGAGCCGAGUCCGAGGGUCAACCCCCCCCCCCAAAAAACAUAUCUGACUGCUGAACUGAAUCGAAACGCCAUAAAUAGUCACAUCACAGAGCUUAGGAUUUUCAUGAAAAUUACUUUUUGUUUUGUUUUGAGAAUAGUUUUUGUUGUGAUCAGGGGUUGUUAAUUACUGCAUAAUCACCGAGCUUUAAGUUCCACUUCCCUCCACAACAUCAGCUGGAGCUAGUUUAACAUUUCACUCAUGUUUUAUCCAGAUUGUCUUAAAGUGAAGAAAAGAAAAUGAAAAUCCUGCGCCUAUGCUGGCCAUUCGCCAUUCUCUGCUCUCUCUUUGGAAUUGCUGCUAAAAGAAGCCCCGUUGAUUCUGUAUCUGCGCGAUACUUGAGUCUGUUUUUGUUCAUUUUGAAUGCAGCCAUCGUGUCGACAGUGGACAGUCUUGUAGUGUGCAGUGCAGUGGCAUUCAGAACCAUUUCCAGUCGCAGUGUUUUUACUUUGAUGUUACGCUCUUCUCCGCAUCAAGGGGAAGACGGCCUCCCAUAAGCACUGGACACAAACUAGGAAGAGAAAGAAUUUAUCAGAAUACUAUAGAAGAGUGUUUAUGAAAAUACAGAGAUGUCAUUAAA